ACGCAGCAGUGAGCGCGCCUUCCACCUUGGGCAGGGGUUCGCGUUUCACCGUGAACCGCUCGGUCGGGAGCGAUUGGUACCACCGAUUAAUCUAUCCGAUCGCCGAUCUCCCGCGCGGGUGAGAGAUCCGAGAGUGCCGAUCGGGACCGGAAACUGAGGGUUCACGCGUGACAGGUAAAAGUGGCGAACGGAUCACCCUCGCGCGAUACUCCAUUCGCCCCGAGGAAACUCGACACGAGUUUGCAACUCUCUCGAUUGUUGACCUCAAGUGCGAUCUAAAAUCUAUCACACGGAAUCACAUGGCUGGAGCGCGUUCUCCACCUCCUCCACCCCGAGAAGAAAUAUAUUUUCACGGAUUGGAUAGAUAGUAGAAGUAAGCGCAUAAGCUAGACGACUCUUCCCAGGCGAUCGAUAAUUUUCGCACCUGUACCUGAAAUCACGUCAGAUCGACUUAGCAGGUCUGACGCCGAUCGGUCUGACGUAAAUUGGAGAUGCCAACGCUUUGACGCUCGCUGCCGGAACACUUUUACUUUCUCGCAACACGUUCACGCUAUAAUUAUUGAGAACGCGGCGCAGCGUGAAUAUAAUUUUGUGGAGGACGAAGGAUGCACACGGGGGGAGGAGAACAGAGGGUGAUCCCGAUAUAUCAAAGUGCACGAUAUAAAAUGUUUUUCGUGCGCGGAAUAUGGUGACGUGGUAAUCGUAUCCGUUAACGUUCGUCGCGCGACGGACGGAGUCAUCUAGUUCAUCGAUUUUUCCGUCCCACGUUUCUCGAAAACAUCAUUACGUCAUUAUCAUCGAGCGAUGACGGAGGCGAGCCGUGGGAUGGGUCGUCCGCGCGCGUGUGAGACUUAGUGGUGUAUGAAGUGAACGCCAAUGGACUGUGCAAGAAGAUGUACAAUUACCCGAUCGAGUAACCCCGUUAAUCGACGACGUUGGAGUUUGCGUACAUAAAUAACGCGCGUAAUCGCGCGGAGCCCUUAAGGAGUUGCGCGACUUACUUAUAAUCUGCAGUUUUACGUCGAGAAUCUACCGGCGGUAGUGCCUCGCGUGCUCUGUCAACUGCACUUAAGCCUCCUCUCAAAGCGCAGGUCGGGGCACCCCCCCUCCGCCGCGUCCGCCCCGCUCGUUAAAAGUGUAUAUCGGACGUUUUACCGGGGGGUCGCCGGUGAAAAUCGGCCGCGGGAGGACCGGCUCUCGCCCCGGGGGUCAGAUCGAUGCGACGGAUUUCCGUCUUCCGCGUCUUAUGACCGCGAUGCGCCCGCUAGAACCGAGAUUCCGGAUGACCUGACGGAUCACCGCCGGGGAUCACCCGUCUCAUUGAAAGUUAUCAGCCGCGUUGGCUCCUACUUGAGCACGGGAUUUAAGAAGGAGGACGGUGUGUCUGCGCGAGGAAUUGAAGAGGCAGAGGCAUUUCUCAUUCCGCUUACAAUGGGGAGGACGCUUUUGCUGAUGAGCUUGCUGGCUCGGUUCGUCGUGGCGCAAGUUCAGCUCGGCGACGUCGACGAGCCAUUGCUUAUAUUAGACGUUAGCGCAGUGGCCGGCUUCAAAGCUCAGAUGCCUUGCGACAUCGAUCCGCCGAUUAAAGACGAGACGGUCAUCAUGGUAUUUUGGUACAAAGAUGAAAAGGACGGCGAACCGAUAUACAGCGUGGAUGCUCGGGGGAGGCAGAUAGCUCAGGCGAGGCUUUGGUCGGAUCCGGACGUGUUCGAUGAAAGGGCGGUUAUGAAGACGGACGUAAAGCCCGCCGAGCUCGAGAUAGAUCCUUUGGAGUCCACAGACGGUGGCGUAUACAGAUGCAGAGUGGAUUUUAAGAAUAGCCCCACGAAGAAUCAGAAGAUUAACCUUACAGUCAUAGUGCCACCGAAAAAGCCGGUGAUAUAUACCGGCACUAGCAGGAAUCGGGCUGAAAUAAUGCAACCGUUUAACGAGGGAAGCGAGAUGUCCCUAUUCUGCGAGGUGAUCGGAGGGUCGCCUCCACCGAGGGUCACGUGGUAUUUCGACGGCAAAGUUCUAGACGAUACGUAUACGCAGGAGCACGAUGAUAUAACGAUAAAUCGACUGGAUAUCCCGAGGGUUACCAGGGGCUUCCUGAGUACAAGGCUAAUUUGUAAAGCGAGCAAUACUCAGCUUAUGACACCUCUGACGGCUGAGAUUGUGUUGGAUGUAAAUCUGAAACCGCUCAUGGUCAACAUUACGAAUAAGCGAUUUCAUUUGUCGGCAUUAAGAACUUACGAGAUCGAGUGUAUCAGUUCGGGUUCCAGACCGGAAGCGGUGAUCACCUGGUGGAAAGGGACUCACCAGGUCAAGCAUAUGGCUAGAAAUUUUGCAGACAAUCCGAACGUCACGAGAAGUGUGCUGAGCUACGUGCCGACCAUCGAAGACGAUGGCAAAUUUUUGACGUGUAGAGCGGAAAAUCCCGUGGUGCCUAACAGUGCCUUGGAGGAUAAAUGGCAUUUAUUGGUGUACUACGCGCCGGUGGUGAGCAUUAAGUUGGGUUCCAGUUUGAAGGCGAAUGAUAUAAACGAGGGCGACGACGUCUACUUUGAGUGCGACGUACGAGCCAAUCCAAAGUCUUACAAGCUACUUUGGUUCAAAGACGGCAAGGAAUUGCAUCAGAACGCCACCGCGGGGAUUAUUCUUCCCGGUGGGCAAUCCCUGGUAUUGCAGAGCGUGACGAAAAGCUCCGCCGGGGAAUAUAGCUGCAUGGCAGCCAACGUCGAAGGGAAAUCCGCGAGUCGACCAGUAACCCUCGAAGUGAUGUACGCACCGAUCUGCAAGGACGGCUCUUCCACCCAAGUGGUCGGCGCCCUGAAGCACGAAACGAUCUCUCUGGUCUGCGGCGUACAGUCGAAACCGCCGCCCACGACCUUCCAGUGGACAUUCAACAACUCCGGGGAGUUGAUGAGCGUACCGGCCACGAGAUACUCUCAGGUCAAACCGCUCAGCCUGAUCACGAGCCACUGGCACGGCUCCAGACUGAAUUAUACGCCGGAGAACGACAUGGACUACGGCACGGUUUCCUGCCUGGCGACAAAUCGGAUAGGGACGCAGAAGACGCCCUGUCUCUUUCAGAUCAUCGUCGCCGGGAAGCCCUAUCCCUUGCAGAACUGCACGGCCCUCCAGUCGACCGGACCCUACGCGUACCGAAUGGGUCACGAAGACUUUAAAGCCACCGACUCCAGGGACGCGGACUGGCUGAUCGUCAGGUGCUCCGAGGGAUUCGACGGCGGUUUGCCCUUGACUAAUUACGAGCUAGAGGUCUACAGCGAGGAGAACGUUUAUCAUGUCAAUACCAUCUACCUGAAUCACACCGAUAGAUCCGGCUCAUCCGGUCCAGUUUUCGAGAUUCCCGGCUUAGAGCCCGGACGGAAUUACAGGCUUCAUCUUUAUGCCGUCAAUGCAAAGGGCCGCAGCGAUCCCGUUGUUUUAGAACCGGUCACACUCAAAGGAGUAGCCAUGUACACUACUGGUCGUGGGAUUUCGGACGAGACAACGGAUUAUAGCCUCCUGGUGGCGUGCUUCGCCGGCGGUGUAACCGCCAUUUGCAUUCUGAUCGUCGGGAUAACGCUGACUCUGUACCGUCGAAACCAUCCAACGCAGAGGACGAAGGCACAGACGACGGAGCCGCUGCAAUACGAGAGCAAGGAUGACCGGCCGGCGGCGCCGCCGGCGACGAAUCAGGCUCGCCGGGACGACUUGAAGGAGCAGAUAAACGUGGACGUACCGGACGACGAUCCGGACGUGAUACCGAGCAAGACCGUCGAGAGACGGCCGGACAUCUUUGAGCCGGACUACACGUCCAGCAAGUCGUCGGAGAGAGCCAAGGACUUCAGGUGCCUCGAGGACCUCGAUUAUCCGUCGCCCUCCUCGGUGCUUCACGCCAAGGACUCCUGGAUCUAUCCGAACGGCUACGUGGAAAAGAGCGAGAAGAGCCUGAGUCCGAUACGGCCCAGCACGCUGCCGGUGCAUCGCACCCACGAUAUCUACACGAGGAGUCUGCGUGUACAGGAGAGUUGUAUAUAGACGGAGGUAGAGAGACUCCCUGCGCUCGGCUAUCCGGGUCAGUACCCUCCGAUACUCGCCAAACCGUCGUAUGCGAUUAACGACGUUUGUAAAUAGACAAUAAAUACCGUUAAGGAUCCACCUUACGAUCGGCACGUCGAUUCGACAUUCCUAUUCUUGUUUUUCACCUAGCCGUAAGAGAUAGCCGCGUUAGCUUCGUUCUAAGGAAAACGUGAUACUUGGGACGCCAGGGCGCGAUCACGCGCGGUGUACAGAGACAAUAAUUUUCCGCCGUUUAGAAAAAAAAAGAGAGAAAAAAAAAAGAAAGAUUUCCUACCACCUCUGUCUCUCGUCGGAAGCCUUCCCGUAAAAUUAUCCGCGAAUGUCUGGAGGAGCGUAAAUGUUUUGUCUACGGAUGUUUUAUCGUGCUUCGUGGUUAAUUAAAUGGUCAAAUGGGUAUGUAAACGUUUGUAUAUACGGAUAAUAAAUCUUGUUGUUUAAUAUGCA